AUGUUACUGUGGCUACAGACUAAAUUGUUUGGGCAAUGCAUGGGGGAAGUGCUACUGGAUGACGCCUCGAAUUGGGUUAGCUGUCCUCUCUCAGGUCCGCAUCUUUGCUUAUAAACGCACCGACGACUAGUCAGUAAUUAUUACGGUAUUACGGCAAGCAUAGCAAAAUGUCUGGUCGAGGAAAGGGAGGCAAAGGGCUGGGGAAAGGAGGCGCUAAACGCCACCGUAAAGUUCUCCGCGAUAACAUCCAGGGUAUUACCAAGCCCGCCAUCCGACGUCUCGCUCGUCGCGGCGGUGUGAAGCGUAUUUCUGGUCUGAUCUACGAAGAAACUCGUGGUGUGCUCAAGGUUUUUCUGGAAAAUGUCAUCCGUGACGCUGUUACCUAUACCGAGCACGCCAAACGGAAGACAGUCACCGCCAUGGAUGUUGUGUAUGCUCUCAAGAGGCAGGGGCGUACUCUCUACGGCUUCGGCGGUUAGACGUUGCGCUGAAAUCAACUAACCCAAAGGCCCUUUUCAGGGCCACACACUUUGUCCUUAAGGUUAACAUUCCUACAAUUCAU